AUGACACCCAGGGACACGGAGAGCCUGCAAGAAGUGUGGCUGGGGAGGGUCCAGAGGAAGUUCACCAGAAUCAUUCCAGAAAUGAAAGGAUUCAUGUAUGAGAAACGUUUGAUAGCUCUAGGCCUGUACUCAAUGGAGAAUAGAAGAAUGCGAGGGGAUCUCAUUGAUAUCUAUUGAAUAUUGAAAGGCUGGGAUAGAGUUCGACCUCCAUAGUCUAGCGGGGCACCGUCUACGCCACCCUGAGCUCCCUGCCAGCCUAGUCAUCACAUGGGAGCCCAAGCAUGGGAGGAUGAACCCUGGGCGCCCUCCCAAGACUAUGGUCAACACGCUCCUCGAAGAUAGUGGUGUGGAUAACGUAGAUGAGCUGAACACACUGAUGAGGGAGAGAGGAGUGGCGAGUCCGUCAUCAUGCCCCGAUGCCGGCCCCCAAGGCCUGAGUCGACUUAAGAAAGAAAGAAGGGAUAGAGUGGACGUGGAGAAGAUGUUUCUGAGGUGGGGGAGCUUAGGACCGGAGGGCACAGCCUUGGAAUAGGUCAGGGCUCCCAACCUUCUUUAUGCCAUGGACCAAUACUAUUAAGCAAGGGGUCCAUGGACCCCAGGUUGGGAACUCCAGGGAUAGAGGGACGUCCUUUUAGAACGAGAUGAGGUGGAAUACAUUUAGCCAGAGUGUGGUGAAUCCAUCCCUGGAUUCCUUGCCACAGACGGUGUGGAGGCCAAGUCUUUAGAUCUACUUAAAGCGGAGGUUCACAGGUCCUUGAUUAGUCAGGGUGUCAAAGAUUUCGGGGAGAAGGGGGAUAGUAAGUCAGCCGGGAUGGAAUAGCGAAGCAGGUGAUGGCCGAAUGGCCGGCUUCUGUUCCUUUGUCUUGUUUCCUCAUCGGCGGCAGCUUCCCGGUCUCAGUCCAAGCGGGGGUUGUCCCUGAAGGGAGAGUUUCAGCGUGGGCAGCCAGCCGAAUGGAAACGGCGAAGAGGUGCUCGUUGUGAAACGGGUUUGUAUUUGGAGGGCUGGUGAAGUGAAACUCCUUAACGAUUCUCCCUACCGUGUGAUUGGCCAUCGGCAGCCGGAUCAGACCCACCCCGGCGAGCACAGAUGGGAGGAACCGGGCGACCGGCCUCUUGUUUGUGCGAGCUGGAGAACUGACUGUCGUUAGCACCCGAACUCCCUCAAUCCGAGCGACAGGGACCCCAGCGGUUCUGGCCAACGAUGCGUGAGGGAGAACAUUAGUUCACUUGGCCAGGGCUGAGGCGUAGGAAUCCCACUUCAUUCUGCUGGGGGACGAGGCCAUGGGUGAGAAUGACAGCGACAAGGGCAACCAGGCCGGGCAGCUCUUUGAAAACUUUGUGCAGGCAUCGACUUUCCGGGGAACGCUGCAGGCUUUCCACAUCCUUUGCCGCCAACUGGAUCUCGACCCCCUGGAGCACCAGGUGUUCUACUGCAACCUGAAGUCAAGGGUCAAUACCUGGAAGGCCAAAGCCCUUUGGAACAAGCUCGACAAACAGAGCAGUCACAAGGAGUACAAGAAGGGCAACGCGUGCCCUGACACACAGUGCCUGAUCAUUGGGGCCGGACCCUGUGGCCUCCGAACCAGCAUCGAGCUGGCACUACUGGGUUGUAAGGUGGUUGUGCUGGAGAAGAGGGAGACCUUCGCCCGAAACAAUGUUCUUCAUCUCUGGCCGUCCACUAUCCAGGACUUGCGAGCCCUGGGAGCCAAGAAGUUUUACGGCAAGUUCUGUGCCGGAGCGAUAGAUCACAUCAGUAUCCGCCAGCUGCAACUGAUCCUUGUCAAGGUGGCCUUGUUGUUAGGGGUGGAGAUCCACGUUGGUGUGGAGUUCCAGCAGUUACUGGAACCCCCUGAAGACCAGGACACAGAAGACGUAGGAUGGCGUGCGGAGGUAUUACCCAGGGACCACCCUACCUCCGCAUUUACCUUCGAUGUAAUUAUCGGCGCUGAUGGUCGGAAGAACAGUUUGCAAGGUUUCAGGAGGAAGGAGUUCCGGGGUAAGCUGGCCAUUGCUAUCACAGCCAAUUUCAUCAAUCGCAACACCACAGCGGAGGCGAAGGUGGAGGAGAUCAGCGGAGUGGCUUUCAUCUUCAACCAGAAGUUCUUCCAGGACCUGAAGGAGGAGACAGGGAUUGAUCUAGAGAACAUUGUCUACUACAAGGACAACACCCAUUACUUUGUGAUGACGGCAAAGAAGCAGAGCCUGUUGGACAAAGGGGUCAUCAUCAAUGAUUAUGUUGAUACGGAAAUGCUCCUGGGCACCGAGAAUGUGAACCAGGGUGCCCUCUUGUCCUACGCCAGGGAGGCGGCCGACUUUGCCACGGAUUACCAGCUUCCAGCUCUGGACUUUGCGAUGAACCACAUUGACCAGCCCGAUGUGGCCAUGUUCGACUUCACCUGCAUGUACGCGGCAGAGAAUGCCUCUCUGGUCCGCGAGCGGCAGGGCCAUCAGCUGCUCGUGGCUCUGGUUGGAGACAGCCUGUUGGAGCCAUUUUGGCCGAUGGGGACAGGGUGCGCGCGUGGGUUCCUCGCUGCGUUGGACACUGCAUGGAUGGUCAAGAGGUGGGCGGAAAAGGUGCCGACUCUGGAGGUCUUGGCGGAGAGGGAGAGUAUUUAUCGAUUGCUGCCUCAAACUACACCAGAGAACAUCAGCAAGAACUUUGAACAGUACACAAUAGAUCCUGCUUCACGAUACCCCACCCUCAACUCCAGCUGUGUGCAGCCGCAUCAGGUCCGUCAGCUCUACAUUACCACCGAUCUGAAGAGCUGUCCGCUCGAGAGAGUCAACUCCAUGCGGAAGUCCGUCAAAGUUUCCCGCCGUGAUUCAGAGAUUCGCCCCAACAGGUUGUUGACGUGGUGUCAGAAACAGACCGAGAGCUAUGAGAACGUGAAAAUCACUGAUCUGACCAGCUGCUGGCGCAGUGGCCUGGCACUGUGUGCCAUCAUACACCACUUCUGCCCGCACCUCAUUGACUUUGACUCCCUGAACGAGGAGGAUGCAGCCAAGAAUAACCAGCUGGCCUUUGACAUUGCAGAGCGGGAGUUUGGUAUCUCUCCAGUCACCACGGGGAAAGAGAUGGCCUCUGUCAGUGAGCCAGACAAGCUCAGCAUGGUCAUGUACCUCUCCAAGUUCUAUGAGCACUUCCGAGGGAACCCCACAUCCACCCCCUCAGCUGUGUUCCAGCACCGGAAGGAAGGAAGUAAUGACAUUUCAGCACCGACAUCCAGACAAUCGAAUUCCCUCUGUAACGUUAUCAACCUAUUACCGAGGAAAAGGACACCAAAGGAAAAGAAAAGUGAGGAUAAAGAUGGAGCGAGCAAGCGGCGGAAGAAGGCUGUCACAGACUGGCAGGAGCAGGCUGCAGAUCGCAAGAAUGACAGGAGUGCAGCAAAGGAUGUGGUCAACCACAACAAGGUCAAAUCAAUGGCGAGCCAGUUACUGGCCAAGUUCGAGGAGAACGCGCCAAGCACGUCGCUGCAGAGACAGGGGUCCCUGAGGAGAGAAUUUCCCCAGAAUCUCGGGGGCAGCGACAUCUGCUACUUCUGCAAGAAGCGGGUUUACGUGAUGGAGCGGCUGAGCGCAGACGGGAAGUUUUUCCACCGGGAGUGCUUCAAGUGUGACUUCUGUUCCACCACGCUGCGACUCGGAGCCUAUGCGUUCAACGUGGAGGAAGGAAAGUUUUACUGCAAACCUCACUUUACCUACUGCAAAAUGAAUAACAAGGUGAGAAAACGGCGGAGUCACUCCUCAUCGUUGAUGCACAAAAAGGGCGAAGCCGCGCCUUUGGCUAAUCCGGAGGGCGAGGCGUCAGGGAGCCUCUGCACUGACAGCACUGCUGCCGUCACACCCCCAGGUACCAUGAGCUCGCUGUCUCGGAGAAUCCUCAGCUGGCCUCUGCGGCUCUCCGGGGUGCUGUUAGGUGCGCCCAGGCGCCUGUCUAACUGGAUGCAGGGCAUUCUGCAUGCAGCCCGCUCCCACUUGCAGGACAACGCCUACAACUAUGGCUACCUGUACGAGCUGCUGAGUCUGACUGUUCCUCUGCUUUCAGUUCAGCUGGAGAUCCUGCUACAUAUGUGCCAGGAAGGAGGCUCGUCCCCCGAGCGUCUGAUCGAAUGGGUUUACAAUGCCCUUGGGUAUAAAAUGCACUGAUGUGCCUGCAGUUAGCGGCAGAGGCAUCACAGCGUGCCAUGAGGCAAACGGCAAUCAAACUGAAAGCUAUUUAUUUAAAAUUUUUUAAAAAAUCACUAUUUUGGACAAUUGAUAACAGCCGAUCAGGUACAGAGAAGGGUUUAUGCAAUAUGGUUUACAACCACGGCAGUGAUGUUUGUGAUAACCAUGUUACCAAAAAAAAACUUCUUUUUAAACAAAUUUAAAUUUAUAAUGUUAUGCUUUAAACUGUUUACAUUUUUAUACAGAGGUCAUUUUUAGAAAAAGCAGGGAAAGUUUAGAUUAUUUUUGUUUGAACCAUGGCACGAGAUGUAGAUUCUGAAAAUGGCGAUGAGUCCAAACGUCCUCACCGCUCGUUAGCUUAGCCCAAUGGAAAGAACGGACACUGCCUGGCGUUCCUGUGGCAUUUAUUGCCAGUUACGAGGGAAGAAAGUCUGCCAUAGCUGGCUACAGUUGGAGUGAUUUAUCAGCCCAGGCAUUAGAGAAACUAUCUGCUAUUGUUGUUCACUGACUUACACUGCAGGCUUCUGGCCUACACAGCUAGGCUAGUUUAGAGCCUCUGCUGCACCCCCCCUCCCCAUCCCCAACAGAUGCUGAGUUUUAACUCUGUUUACAGUGGGAGAUGGAACUCCACAAUAUUAGAGAGCUCCACAAUAUUGCUAAGCAGCCAGAUUGUUGUGAAUGAUUUUAAUAUUUGUAGCUUUCUUUGAAGUGAAUGUCAUGAUGUCCCCUUGCACCAGAGGCCGGGGAUGUUUUUUACUGACUGUGCAAUUGUUUUAAAUGUGUUACUGCAAGUUAUUUUAUGCAGAGUCUUCUAUUAGGAAACUCGAUCCAUGUUUCAGUUUGCGCAGAUGUUUCUGUGUCAAGAGCUCUGUCAGCUGGCAGCCCUGACUUGAUCCCAUUGCAUUGUGAGGCUGGGAGAGCUCCUGCGGUGGUUGGGGAGGCAGAGGGAUGUUGAUGUCCCAUGGCGUUCCCAAGCGAUCAACCAAUAUCUCAAUCUUGGCAAAAGAUCUGGAGUGUUGCACUGACUGGAGUCGCUGUAGCCCCAUCUUUAAAAACCCUGUAAUCAUAAGACAAGUGUUGCUCUGUUAACAGUGCCCUCCUGUUUUUCAUGACAUUGCAUUUAAUUUGGUAAUCUCACUUUCCCCUCUCCUACUCUGCCUUCUCCCACUGCCUGCAGUCUGCCUCUGUUGUCGCUCGCUUUGGUUGUGCCUUAACAGGCAUGUUCUGUCACUGAACUCUGCAUGUUGAGUAAUGCAGCCCUCUUCCCUGCGCUCUAACCUGCUCCAUACUAACUGUGGCUUUAACCAACAAGCACCAAAUAAUAGUUUUUAGAAUGAUUUAUUUUCCAAUAAACUGCCAAUUUACACUGCUUACUAGUGCACAAGCUGGUCACAGCCUCCAUGAAUGGAGCUAAACCCAUCCUUUUCUGAUAUCCUUCCAAAAUUUUACAACAGACAAAGCUGAGCGUCCCCUUAUUUGGUGAAUCAUGACAUAUUAGCAAGAUGCAAGACCUGUGAUUUUUAUUUCUGCAGUUCUAUUAUUUAAAUUCACUAAAACUGAAGAAAAUUUCCUUUUAUAUAUUUAAAAAGCUGAAAAUAUAAAUUGUUAGACAAUCUGAAUCUGUAAAAAAUAAAUAAAUAAGAGUUUGACCUUUUAUGUCAGAGAUUUCUGUGGAUUUCUCUAUAAAUUUAACUCAGAGAGGAAGGAGAUGGAAUCACUCUGUGUGACGGUUUUAUGUGAAAUUCCUCUUUUUGUCUGUAUGGACAAUUUUGAGUCCCUUUCCAGCGACCUGGGGGAGGAAUUUCAGGCCCUGUCCGUCUCCCAGUGUGUUUCCCCAGACCUAGUUUCCUCCAAGCUGAUCAAAGUGAGAAGACUGGUGUAACUCCUCUCUGCGUAAGAUUUCUGGAGCAAACCACAGGAGUGUGUUUGAUUGUUUUAAUGGAUUUAAUCAGGAGGUUUAACAGCUGUAGGGCUGUGUACUAACAGGACUGAAAGACUUGCUUCAUCUGCUAGCCAAUGAAUGAGGCAAAUCAACCCAAUUAUGCAUGAACGACAAGUGCACUUUGUGAUUUAUAAAUCAAACCCGCUCACACUCCGCCUGCACACUCUAUACUCUCCUGUAUCUUCUAUUGCAGAGUCCACUUAUCUUUAAAGGAUGAAAACCAAAGGAUAUUUGAAUCCCAACCCAUCUGACAAAGGUUUAACAGAAGGGUUCCUAUUUCAUUAGUAGAAUAUAAAUAAGGAAAAUGUUUAAGAAGCCUUUUUUCCCCAGAAAUUGUAUUAUUUUCCAAAUUCUCACAAAGUGCUGUAUCGUGCACAUGAUUGUAUAUGUCAUUAUUUAUGAUUCCUAAAUCUGUAAGCAAAGAUUAAAUUAAAGUAGACGCUUUGUAAAGUA